UUCUUACCUUUUUGUUGCUUAAAUGUGUGCACAGAUCCAACCCCGAGUUCCCAUUACCCAAUACCUCGAUGUACUGAGCGUCUAAAGGGAGAUCCUGGAAUCCCCGGGCCGCAAGGGCCGAAAGGAAAUGUUGGUAUCCAUGGGACAAAUGGGGAUAAAGGUGAUCCUGGGCAAACGGGAGCACGAGGUCCAAAAGGAGAAAAAGGAGAAAGUGGCUUCUCAUACACACCAAGGAACUGCAAGGAGCUGCUGGAUCAGGGGGUGAUAAUGAGCGGUUGGUACACAAUAUACCCGGAUGGGAUGGCGCCCCUGCAGGUUCUGUGUGACAUGGACACUGAUGGGGGAGGUUGGAUAGUUUUCCAAAGACGCUAUGAUGGCUCAGUAGACUUCUACCUUGGCUGGGAUUCCUACAGGAGGGGGUUUGGCAACCGCAUGUCUGAGUUCUGGUUGGGAAAUGACAAUCUCAGUAAUUUAACAUCGACAGGUACAUGGGAUCUGCGUGUGGAUCUGAGGGACUUUAACAAUACAGCCUAUUAUGCCAAGUACUCAUCCUUCCGGAUUUCCCCCGCCUAUGAUAAUUACAGGCUAACCUAUAGUUCGUACGUUGGUGGUAAUGCAGGAGAUGCUUUGAGUUAUAACAAUGGAAUGGCAUUUUCUACCAAGGACAGGGACAAUGACCGGUGGGCCGGUAACUGCGCUACUAAUUUGCAGGGAGCCUGGUGGUUCAAUUACUGCUAUUCCACAGACCUCAAUGGGGUCUAUCGACUGCAGCAGAAUGAAAGUCCCACUGGUGUUCUGUGGCCCACUGCCAACACCAAUACAUUGCAUUCCUUCAGGAUAUCAGAAAUGAAGAUAAGGCCUGAGUAAGGACACGGGAGAAGCAGAGAAAUCAUACUCAGUGCUUAUACCACCCUGUUUCCAAAAAAGUUGGAACACUGUGGAUAGGGUUGCCACCUUUUCUGGAAAAAAUACCAGCCUUCCUAUAUUUUUAUCUUUCUUUUCUAUUAAUAGCAUUGGCGUUAAGCAUAAUUUUUAACGGCCAGGCCAGUAAAGUACCGGCAAGGUGGUAACCCUAACUGUGGAUAACGUAAAUAAAAUGAGAAUGGGAUGAUUUGCAAAUCAUUAAAGGGCAAGGCAACCCUCUAUUACUAUGUUUCCUCAUCUGAUAGAGCUUCUUUAGCUGUGCCUUAUGGCUAAUUUUUAGCACUUUUUUUCUGUCGGCCCAGGCCAGAUGUGCAUUAAUGAGUGUACUCUCAUACAGGUCUCAUACAGGUCUCAAACAGAUCUCAUACAGGUCUCAAACAGAUCUCAUACAGAUCUCAUACAAAUCUCAUACAGGUCUCAAACAGAUCUCAUACAGCUCUCAUACAGGUCUCAAACUGCUCUCAUACAAAUCUCAUACAGGUCUCAAACAGAUCUCAUACAGCUCUCAUACAGGUCUCAAAGAGGUCUCAUACAGGUUUCAUACAAAUCUCAUACAGGUCUCAAACAGAUCUCAUACAGCUCUCAUACAGGUCUCAAAGAGAUCUCAUACAGGUCUCAUACAAAUCUCAUACAGGUCUCAAACAGAUCUCAUACAGCUCUCAUACAGAUCUAAAACAGGUCUCAAACAGAUCUCAUACAGGUCUCAUACAGAUCUCAUACAGAUCUUAUACAGCUCUCAUACAGGUCUCAUGCAGCUCUCAUGCAGCUCUCAUACAGGUCUCAUACAAAUCUCAUACAGGUCUCAUACAGGUCUCAUACAAAUCUCAUACAGGUCUCAUACAGGUCUCAUGCAGCUCUCAUGCAGAUCUCAUGCAGAUCUCAUGCAGGUCUCAUGCAGUUCUCAUGCAGAUCUCAUGCAGGUCUCAUGCAGUUCUCAUACAGGUCUCAUACAGGUCUCAUACAGGUCUCAUAGAGGUCUCAAAAAAACACAUACAGGUCUCAUUCUGAUCUGGUGUCAUGUGACAUGAUGUCUGUUUUGUUAAUAAAGUGCUAAUAAAGUUGUGACUUCUUGAAGAAUGAGAA